ACUCCCCUGGGGAGGCAGCAUGGCGGGAAGUGGGGGCCUCUGCCAAAGGUGGCACGCCCUGGUUGUAGUAUUGCAGCUGUUCUUGUUGGGCCUCACUGUGGGAAGCAAAGGAGAGGAUCUGCAAUGGUGCGUGUACUCUGAACCUGGUCAGCAGCAGUGCGAGCUCCUGGCCACGGCUGCAGGUACAUGGGGUGCUGGAUCAGGGUUGCAAUGUCGUCACAUGCUGGACUUCGCUGCGUGCCUCGCCUCCACCUCAGGGGGCAGUGUUGACCUCAUGUUGGCGCCCCCUGGGCCCCUUCCGGAGCUGCCUAGGGGGCUGGCUCUGGUGGACAUGCGUCAUGGGGAGCCGCACAGUUCAGGGGUUGUGCGCUUCGGUCCGAAGUAUGCCUUGGUUGGGAACAAAGAUAUGUGCCAACAGAAGUUGGCACCAGGGUCUAAGGGAGAGGAUCGCUUCAAACUCUGCCAAACAACCAUGGACUGUCUGCAAGGGUCUGCUGGGGAGGCUGCAUUUGUCAACCUCUCCAUGCUGGAGGGCCUGGACAGUGACCUUGAAAGAGAACUCAGAUUGGUGUGUCCAGAUUUGAGCUGUCAGCCAGUGCAAGGGAAGCCAUGCUGGCACUGGCAAGCACCACCACGCACAGCAUUAGUCCAGUCAGGAUCUACGAAGGCCCUUCUAUUGGGGACUUUGGCGCACGAGCUCGACAGAUUAGAAGCAGCUUCUGCUUUCAAAAGGGCAUCGGCAGGGGAAAGCGGAGGGAAAAGCACGCGCUGGAGGCCCAUCCAAGAGAUCCUCAAUGUCGAUUUUCCUGGAAAGGAAUCUUCCCGACGGGGGCAAGCUGCAAGCCGGCGCUUGCUACAGAGCCCAGACCCAAGCCCCACCAGUGAUCCAGCCACACCCGGUCCCACAGCGGUUCCAACUACUGCUGCCCCAGACCCCACUCCUGCUCCCCCACCACCGACUCCUGCCCCAACCACCCCAGUCCCUGCGACUACGGCCCCUUCCACCCCAACCCCUGUGACCCCAGCUCCUUUUACGUUCACUCCAGCCCCCUCAACAACCACCUCAGCCCCCACUCCAGCACCUGUAGUCUCCACUCUGCCCCCCGCCACUCCAACUCCAACGACCCCUGCGCCUACGCAAGCACCGGCCACCCCCGCACCCACCAAUCCUGCACCCGCUACACCACAACCCACUCCUGCACCCACAAACCCGCCCCCAACGCAACCCCCCCCGACGCAGCCCCCUCCAACUGCUGCCCCGACUGUUGCAGCCACUCCUGCACCGACGCUGCCCCCCCCGACUGCGGCCCCAAGCACCUCCCCCCCCACAAGUGCCCCCACUCAGGCACCUACCACUCUGGCACCCACACCUGUACCGACGCCAGCCGCCACUACAGGUACACCACAAACGCUCCCCCCCACUGUUGCGCCCACUUUGGCUCCCACUGUUGCCGCCACAGUUGCUCCCACAGUUGCGCCUCCUACUGCCGCCGCCACCCCCCUGCCCACACCCGCAGGUACGUUAGCUCCCCUCACGACGCCAUCUCCGUCUCUUACCCCCGCUAGCACCACUCCUGUUGUUACGGAAGCGCCGACGCCGGCCCCGACACUUGCGACCGUCCCCCCAGGUACGUCACAACCGCCCACCGUCACUCCCGCUCCCUCUCUUCCCAGUUCCGCACCCGUGACACUUGCGCCAGUAGCCACUCCCCCGGCAACGCUCGCCCCACCCAUUGCAACAGGUACGUUGCCGCCCGCCACUCUCACCCCGUCUUCUACCCCAACCCUUAUUUUAACGAGCUCCACGCCAAUUCCGACAAUACCGCAGGCGUCACAAGCCCCCCCCACAGGUACGUCCGCCACAUCCGCUCCAUUAGACCCCACUAGUUUUCCCACUUUGCCGAGUCCCACGCCUCUUGCUACCGUUCCUGUUUCAACCCCGCUCCCCACGGCGCUUGGGCCACCCAUUGCGACAGGCGCCACAGGCUUUCCCCACAGGUACGUCCGUCACAUCCGCUCCGCUGAGUCCCACUACUUUUUCUACUUUGCCGAGUACUGCACCUCUUGCUACCAAUCUUGUUCCAACCCCGCUCGCCACACCGCUUGGGCCACCCACCGCAACAGGUACGUCGCCGAUCGCCACUGUCACCCCGUCUGCUACUUCAGCCGUUGUUUUGCCUAG